GAUUUACCGAAGUAAAUAGUGCAGCUUGCGCACAUAAAUCUAUGAGAACUUGGAUUCUGAUUUUCGUAGAUACAACACGUGAUAUAUAAGCAUAUGUAUUUUUUUAUAACGUGUGAGCCGUUAGAUAAUACCAUUAUGAAACUUAUUCAUAAAGUUUUAUUGCUCUUUGGUUUCGCCGUCGGGCUAUCUACUUACUGGAGGAAAGAUCUGGUUGAUUUAUCAUGGAACUCACUAAAAAUAGGUCCUAACGUUAAAGAAAUCAACCAACAUUUAAGAAUAGCAAAUGUAUUUGGAAACGAAAGCUUGGCAAAUGAAAUACAAAUAUCUAGAUCUAUUUCACAGUUACUAAAGACGACCUAUCUAAAUUCAUUUACUCAAGUCUUGCAUGAGGAAAGAUUCAUAAAUAAAACUUUAUCAGAGUAUGUCUUGAGAUCGAGUCUUGGACUUGAGCCUUACACUACUGAAAACCACGAAGACAUUUGGAUAGAAAAUGGAGUCCAAUACCGCCCUUAUCAAUUAGAGAAUAGAACAGACAAUCCAUUUUCUACCUCAGAAUUUCAAGCCUAUGUGCCAUUUAAUAAAUCUGCAUUUUUUGAAGCAGACAAAACACUUGAUGUUACAGAAAAGAAAAUUAUUCUUUGGUGGCAGGACAAUACUUUUCAUACGCCGACAGAAGGAUUGCUUCCCCUCAGAGCAUGUCCUGAGUUCCCGUGUGUCAUCACGUCCAACAGGACUUACACAGAGAACAGCAGUGCUUUAAUAUUCAACGGUCAAUAUGUCGAAGAUAAGCAGCCACCUAACAGAGCCAAAGACCAAAUCUGGAUAUUCUACCAAAUAGAGGCUCCUUACAAUUAUUUCAGGAUUCAUUUCAAUAUACUGGACCGUCAAUUUAGUUGGAAUGCUGCGUUCAACUGGACAAUGUCCUAUCGCAUGGACUCGGACAUCGUGACAUAUUAUGGGAUUGUUAGAAAACGAAGAGAAGUGAAAGACAAAAAGUACAAGGAGAUACUGGGCCAGAAAAAAGGUCUCAUUGCCUGGGUCGUGUCUCAUUGUCAUGUCGGUUCUAAAAGGGACGAAUAUGUCCAAGAGCUCAAAAAAUAUGUCCCUGUAGAUAUUUAUGGAGGGUGUGGCACUUUCAAAUGUUCUGUAAGCAAUGAUAAAGACUGCAUUCAAGAAAUAAAUGCCAAAUACAAAUUUUACCUUGCGUUUGAGAACAAUUUCUGUAAGGAUUAUAUCACAGAAAAGUUAUACAAAUAUUUAGACGGAGACAUGAUCAUCAUUGCUCGCGGCUAUAACAGCUAUUCUAAAGUUUUACCUUCGGAGACAUUUAUAAACACUGCCAACUACAAGUCUCCCAAGGAGCUUGCGGAAAGAAUUCUCUAUCUUGACACACACGAUGAGGAUUACUUGCGAAUGUUGAAAGAAAAAGACCAAUACUUCGCUGUCUAUGAGGAAUAUCCGCUGACUUAUAGGUCGAUGUACCUGGAACAUCGUUAUGAGGCCGUUCCAAUGUGUCAAGUUUGUCAGCGGCUCUGGAAUCUUGAGAAAUAUUCCAAGUCUAUUAAAGAAUUAGAUGAAUGGUUUUGGAAGAAAGAGUAUCAGUGUCAGGUUCCAACAGAUAUUUAAAGCUAAAUAUUUAAAAAAAUAGUUUUCUUAAACUGCUCGGAUAGAAAAAUCAAUUAAUGUAAUAUUUAUCUAAAAAAAAAGCUUAGAAUAUUCAUAUGCCAUAUUUUAUACCUGUAUGAAAGCAUUUUUUAUGUGACCUGUAAUUGUUAUGUACCGGAAGUUAAUCACACUAACCUCCUUUUUGUUUUCAUUUCUGUACGGCGUUGGCAACACCUUCAGAGACAUUUUAUAAACA